CUUUCUUACGGGGUUGUGGGCUCGCCUGCGUGGAGGAAGACCUUGACGAGCAGCGGAAAGACACAGGGCGUGCGAUGUGGCGGUGGCGGUGGCGGUGGCGGCGGAGCAGUUGCAGGUGGAGGGUGUGCGAACGGUGGCAAAGGAAAAGGAACACACGAUCCAGUCGUCGUCUAAUCUAAUCUAAUCGUCUUCGCCAGCGUCCCCGCCGUGCCUCCGGCCGAACCCUCCUCCAGCCUCCUUGCCCCCAACCGCUAUUCGCACAAGUUGGAUUGCCGUGGAGUGGAGAUCCAUCAAUCCGGACUUGGGGAUUGAUUUCUUCUUCUUUUGCUGGAUUCAAGGAGGCUUCUCAACAUGUCUUGGGCCGCAAUCGAGAAUGAUCCUGGUGUUUUUACUGAACUAUUGCAACAGAUGCAAGUGAAGGGUCUUCAAGUUGAUGAACUUUACUCACUUGACCUGGAUGCUCUCAAUGAUAUUCAGCCGGUUUAUGGGCUCAUUGUGCUGUACAAAUGGCAACCUCCAGAAAAGGAUGAGCGUCCUGUCAUCAAGGAUGCAAUCCCAAAUCUUUUCUUUGCCAACCAGAUAAUUAACAACGCAUGUGCAACCCAAGCUAUCCUUUCGGUUCUCUUGAACUCUCCUGGCAUCGCCCUUAGUGAUGACCUCAAAAAGCUAAAGGAGUUUGCAAAGGAUUUGCCACCCGAACUCAAAGGAUUGGCAAUAGUCAACUGCGAAAGCAUUCGCAUGUAUAAUAACUCGUUUGCUAGGUCAGCAAUCCCUGAGGAGCAGAAAUCAUCUGGCAAGGAUGAUGAUGUCUACCAUUUCAUAAGCUAUGUUCCAGUGGAUGGCGUCCUAUAUGAGCUUGAUGGACUAAAGGAAGGACCCAUAAGCCUGGGGAAGUACCAAGGUGGUGUUGGUGAGGCGGGUUGGCUUAGGAUGGCUCAGCCCAUCAUUCAAGAACACAUUGACCGGUUCUCUCAGAACGAGAUGAGGUUCAGUGUGAUGGUUAUAUUAAAGAACCGGAAGGAGAUGUACACUGCUGAGCUGAAAGAACUUCAGAGGAAGAGGGGGAGCUUCUUGACGCAAAUGAGCAAUCCUUCUGCAAGCAGGCACGUGCCAUCUGUUGAGCAGUCGCUAACAGAGGUCGCUGCUCAGAUCGAGGCUGUGACUGAGAAGAUCAUAAUGGAGGAAGAGAAGUUGAAGAAGUGGAAGACGGAGAACAUCAGGAGGAAGCACAACUACAUGCCGUUCCUGUUCAAUUUCCUCAAGAUUCUUGAGGAGAAGAAGCAGUUGAAGCCCCUGAUAGAGAAGGCGAAGGCGAAACAGAAGUCUCACGGCCCCAACACUAGGUGAAAGCUGCAAUGUAUUAAUUGUUUUGAUUAGUUGUGGUUUCUUGUAGAGAUGGCCUCUGUUUUCUUGGCCAGUGCUUGAACCGAUGCUUACCAAACUAUAUUCAGGUGAAUCUUUAAGAUUUCAGGGGAGUGCCCCAUGGAAUUUAUCCAAUCACA